GUUAAGUUGGCAGCUCCAAAAGUCACACUUCUCAAUUUGUAAUUUAUACAACUCGAAAUUAUAUUAUUAUCUCUAUCUGUAUAUACACUUUUUCACCAAAAAAAGAAAUGUCUCUGUUCAAGUUACUGCGUGCACGUUCUUUGGUACCCCAUCGCCAAUUGGGUAUUGUGGCCAAAUCGAAAUACGAUUUUGAUUUAAUUGUCCUUGGCGGUGGCUCUGGCGGUUUGGCCUGCGCCAAGGAAGCUGUCGAUCAUGGUGCACGUGUCUUGUGCUUUGACUAUGUGAAACCCACACCAGUUGGCACCAAAUGGGGAGUCGGUGGCACUUGUGUGAAUGUUGGCUGCAUUCCCAAGAAACUAAUGCAUCAGGCAUCUCUGCUGGGCGAGGCUGUACACGAAGCUGUGGCAUAUGGUUGGAAUGUCAACGAUCAGAAUAUCAAACCCGAUUGGCAAAAACUAGUCAAAUCGGUGCAGAAUCAUAUCAAAUCGGUCAAUUGGGUCACUCGUGUCGAUUUGCGGGACCGAAAGGUUGAGUAUGUCAACUCGAAGGGAGCCUUCUUCGAUGACCAUACCAUUGAGUUUGUUCCCAAAUGUGGUAAGAGAUAUAUAGUGACAUCGGAAUAUAUAGUGGUAGCUGUUGGUGGACGACCACGUUAUCCAGAUAUACCGGGAGCCAAAGAGUUCGGCAUUACCAGCGAUGAUAUCUUUAGCUAUGACAAAGAACCCGGACGCACUUUGGUUGUGGGCGCCGGCUAUGUGGGCUUGGAGUGUGCUUGCUUCCUCAAGGGUCUGGGCUAUGAUCCCACCGUUAUGGUACGUUCCAUUGUGUUGCGCGGUUUCGAUCGUCAGAUGUCCAACCUUUUGGCAGCCAUGAUGUUAGAACGUGACAUUAACUUCCUCCACACAUGCAUUCCCGACUCGGUGGAACGUCAAACGGAUGGUCGUUUGUUGGUCAAGUAUCACAAUACGACUACCCAAGCCGAGAGUAGUGAUGUCUUCGACACAGUUCUUUGGGCCAUCGGACGUAAGGGUCUAAUUGAGGAUCUCAAUCUUCAGGCUGCCGGCGUUAAGACCCAGAACGAUAAGAUUGUUGUCGAUGCCAGUGAGGCCACAAAUGUUCCGAAUAUUUUCGCUGUCGGCGAUAUAAUACAUGGCCGACCCGAAUUGACUCCAGUGGCCAUACUGGCUGGCCGUCUAUUGGCCCGACGUCUCUUUGCUGGCUCCGAGGAACGCAUGGACUAUAGUGAUGUGGCCACCACAGUGUUUACCCCCUUGGAAUACGCUUGUGUCGGCAUGUCCGAGGAACAGGCCAUAGAAACGCAUGGUGUGGAUAAUAUUGAGGUACUGCAUGGUUAUUACAAGCCCACAGAGUUCUUUAUACCACAGAAGAGUGUGCGUUAUUGUUACCUCAAAGCUGUGGCCGAAAUCAAUGGCGAUCAAAAGAUCUUGGGUCUUCACUAUAUGGGACCAGUGGCUGGUGAGGUUAUUCAGGGCUUUGCGGCAGCCUUGAAAUCUGGUCUCACAUUGAAAACCCUACGUAAUACAGUGGGCAUACAUCCAACUACGGCUGAGGAGUUCACAAGGCUGACGAUCACAAAGCGUUCGGGACGUGAUCCAACACCAGCUUCGUGUUGCAGUUAAUCACAGUUAAAUCACAACCCACAAAUUAGUAAUAAACGUAAUUUUCAUGUAA